UUGAAAACCGUUUGUAAUGUUUUGUAGUCUUAACAUCUGGCACAUAAUAACAGUACAAUUACCAGAAAAUAGUCUAACAUUCGUUUUUUUAAUGUUCAUCCAAGUGUUUCUUGCUUAGAGAUUUUGAGAUCCUCUGACCAAUUUUCAUCACUCAAACUCUCCUAUCAGAAUUAUCUACAGUUAUGCACAUGCGCAAAUGGGAUUUAUUUACAAUUAUAAACCUGGUUCGAGCACUUAAUGCUGAUUGGAUGAACGCCUUGGUAUAUCAGACCAUAUACUAUGGGUAUGACAAAAAAAUACUUUUUAUUGUUCUAAUUACGUUGGUAACCAGUUUAUAAUAGUAAUAAGUCACCCCAGGGUUUGUGGUAUACAGUCAAUGUACCACGGGCUAACGGCUGUAUCCAGGCACUCCGCGUUGCGUCACGCUUAAGAACAGCCCUUAGCCGUGGUAUACAGUGCAUUCGGAAAGUAUUCAGGCACCUUGACGUUUUCCCCAUUUUGUUACGUUACUGCCUUAUUCUAAAAUUGAUUCAAUUGUGACUCCUUGCGGUGGGCUGGGUGCCUGCAGGCUGGACGUUUUUUCCUCAGUUGAACGGUGUUUCCUCCAACACAUUGGUCCAGAUGGCUUCCGGGUUAAUCGUGCGGGUGUUAAUUAAGAAGCGUGGUUUGGCGGGUCAUGUUUUGGAGUAUGCCUGACUUGACCUUCACCUCUUCCGAGCCCAUUGGGGAGUUGCGGCGACGAGACAACAUCACAAAAUUGGGGAGAAAAAUUUUAUUUUGUUAGGGGUAAUAAGUCUUACUGCCAGUGACGGCUAAGGAGGAAGAAGUGUGGAGAACACAAAAUGGCAAGUAGGGCUCCUCCCUCCCUCGGGGAGACCCACCAUCGGUCAGAGAUGAAGAUUGUGCUAAUUGGGGGAAGACAGAUGUGGGAUAUAGAAGCCAGCGGGAAGAGUUCAAUAGGAAACACCAUCCUGGGCAGAGACAUUUUUGAGACAGGAAGAAGAACUGCCCAAUGUGUGAGCGGACAACGGUAUGUGUAUGGGAGGCAGAUAACUUUGAUUGAUACCCCAGGCUGGUGGUGGGGUUAUCCUGUAGAUAAUACUCCCAAAUUGGAUCAAUUGGAAAUCAUGAGAAGUGUAUAUCUAUGUCAUCCUGGACCCCAAGCCUUUCUCUUGGUCAUUCCCGUGGACACCGUUUUUCCCAACAUAUUCAAAAGAUCGUUACAGGAACACCUGGAGCUAUUCAAUGAUAGAGUCUGGAGACACACUAUUGUGCUGUUUAGUACAAUCACUCCCCCCAAUGACAUAAGUUUACAGAAACACAUAAGCGUUUGGCCGGAUCUUCAAUGGCUUAUUAAGAAGUGUGGGAACAGGUAUCAUGUUUUGAAUGUCAAUAACAGGGGUGAUGACACCCAGGUCACAGAGCUGCUGGAGAAGAUAGAAGAAAUGGUGGCAGGAAACGAUGGCAAUCAUUAUGAGACAAACCAAGCUCUGUCUGAAGAGCUGGAAGAGAACAGAUUAGCAGUGAUUGAAGUAGCCAAACGGAUGAUGGCUAAGGUACAGAGACAAAGGACCAGACUCCGAGCGCUGAUCAAAGGAGAGGCAACUAGCCCAACAUACCUCAGGCUUGUGAUUGUUGGGGCACAAUGGGCUGCCAGGAGCUCAGCAGGAAACACCAUUCUGGGGGAAGGUGUGUUUGAUGUUGCUGAUAAUACAAGAAGAACAGUGCACUGUGUGACAAGACAUGGUGAAGUAGCAGGGAGGCAGCUUACGGUGGUUGACACACCAGGCUGGCACUACAAUAGUUCUCUACAGAACACCUCCAAGAUGGAUAGAUUUGAGAUAGUGCACAGUGUGUUUCAAUGUCCUCCAGGACCCCAUGCGGUCCUUCUGGUGGUUCCCUUUGCAACAGCAUUCAACAAAUCAUAUGAGAGAGCUGUUGAGGAGCACAUGGGUCUCCUCACAGAUGCAGUCUGGAAGCACACGAUUGUGCUCUUCACACGAGGAGACUGGCUGGGAGACACAACUGUUGAACAGCGCAUUGCGAGUGAAGGGAAGGGUCUUCAGUGGCUCAUUGAGAAAUGUGGUAACAGAUACCAUGUUUUUGACAACAAGAAUCGGAGUGAUGCAACACAGGUAAUCGAGCUGCUGGAGAAAGUAGAGGAGAUGGUGGCAGAAAACAGAGGUUGUCCUUAUGAAAUUGACACAGAUGUUUCAGCAGACUUGGAACAGAAAAAGAGGGCUGGAAAAGAAAGAGCUCAAAAGAUCACAAUGAAGGUGCAGAGACAAAUGAUGACACUCAGAGAACUGUUUAAAGGGGAGGAACAAAUAUUCUCUGAGGAUGAGUUGAGAAUUGUACUUGUUGGGAGAAGAGAGGCUGGGAAGAGUGUGGCAGGAAACACAAUACUGGUUGGAGAGUUGUUUCCGACAGCUUUGACCAAGGAAUUCAGAAUUCAAAACAGAACUAUGCAGUGUGUAAUGCAACAAAAGAGAGUUGCUGGGAUGAAGCUCAAAGUUGUAGAUACACCAGGCUGGUGGAAGAGAACCCCACAGGAUGCACGAGAUUGGGUUCAAGAUGAAGUGGUGCGCAGUGUGUCUCUCUGUCUACCUGGCCCCCAUGCUUUUCUUCUGGUCAUUCCCAUUUCUGCACCAUUUUCAGAGGGAGACCUCAAAGCAGUAGAGGAGCACCUUGGGCUAUUAACUGAGAAAGUCUGGAGACACACAAUGGUGCUGUUCACCUGGGGAGAUUGGCUAGGAGACAGAUCCAUUGAGGAAUAUAUUGAGAGAGAAGGAGAGGCACUCCAACAACUUGUUGAAAAAUGUGGGAACAGGUAUCAUGUAUUGAACUGCCGUGGCUGGGAUGAUAGCUCUCAGGUCACAACACUGUUGAGGAAGGUAAAGGAGAUGGUUGUACGUAACAAAGGGCACAAUUUCACUAUUGAACAGAAGAGUAGGCAGAAGCCAAUGCUUCACUGGUUAGCAGGAAAGGGCAUGAUGACCGAAGAGGAAUGGAACAGGAGAGAAGAGGAACUCAUAGAGCGGAUGUUGAAGGCAGUGGUGGUAGAACCAGAGGAAUCUAAACUGCCAUUUGUACGGGGGAAGGAAAGCAUUGAUUUUUUCAUCCCCAGCAUGAGCUGUGAGACUCCCUCUGAAGUUGGGAGUUCCUACAUAAAUUAUGGAGCACAUGCCAAGGUGUCUGAAUGGAGAGUGAAGUAUGCUGGGAGAUCUGCUGCAUCCUCUGGGCACGGCACUAUGAGUUCAGCAGUCAGUUAUAUGGGCGAAUCCCUGGACGGAUGGGGGAAUCUAGUCAAGGAGAGUCUGGGGGACGGCAAGAUAAGGGCAAGGGUGUUGGAUAGUCCUGCAAAGUCAGAGGCCCACACUUAUGGGGUGAAAACCAAACGUAGGAAUUCACAUUGAGCAUAGUUCAAAAUGACAAUACUAAGAAAGUAAUACCUACUUUUGAGAAAAUACAUAACACAUGUACUGUUCUUGGAACAAGCUCUUGCCUUGGCUUGACACAUCUGGGGCAUAAUAUCAGGACCUCAUCCGAGAAUUGACAUUACAUUUACAUUUAAGUCAUUUAGCAGACGCUCUUAUCCAGAGCGACUUACAAAUUGGUGCAUUCACCUUAUGACAUCCAGAACAUAAGCAACAUAAGCAAAUGUUCUUGCAUGAUAUUUCAGUUUUGUCAUGGGAGUUUCUUGAUGUUCUUCUUUUUAGUUGAAGAUGGUGGCAGAUUACUUGUGUCUUUCCAUGUAUUUGUGUACAUAUACCCUGAGUGUACAAAACAUUAGGAACACCUGCUCUUGGUUUCACCAGGUGAAUCCAGGGGAAAGCUGUGAUCCCUUACUGAUAUCACUUGUUUAAUCCACUUAAAUGAGUGUAGAUGAUCAGUAGGAGACAGGUAAAUAAGGAUUUUUAAGCCAUUUGAAGCAUGGAUUGUAUAUGUGUGCCAUUCAGAAUGGGCAAAGACAAAAUAUUUAAGUGCCUUUGAACGGGCAUGGUAGUAAGUGCCAGGCACACCGGUUUAUGUCAAAUACUGCAACACUGCCGGGUUUUUCAUGCUUAAGAGCUUCCCAUGUGUAUCAAGAAUGGUCCACCACCCAAAGAACAUCCAUCCAACUUGACACAACUGUGGGAAGCAUUGGAGUCAACAUGGGCCAGUAUCCCUGUGGAACACUUUCGACACCUUGUAGAGUCCAUGCCACAACGAAUUGAGGCUGUUCUGAGGGAAAAAGAGGGUGCAACUCAAUAUUAGGAAGGUGUUCCUAAUGUCUGGUAUACUCAGUCUACAUGAUCAAGUCAAACCAAUUAACAAAUGAUAUGUUGAACAGAUAUGUAUGUGACUACUAUAUACUACUAUUCUACUAUUAUGACUCUUUCAACAUGCCACUGAAAAGAUUGAGAGCUGCAAUUAAUUGUGUUCCUAAUGUUUUGUACACUCAGUGUAUGUUGACAGAGAUGGGCAGUAUUUCUGUUACAUGUAUUUGAAAUAUGUAUUUCCAUUAACUUCGUGCAUUCCGUCAUUUAUAUUUCACUGGCCUCAACAAGAAUUAGAUUAGUUUUGUAACAAUAAACUUUAGAGAUCUGUAUUUUUGUAUUUUCAACCCUUCUCUAUUAAAAAAUGUUUUAUCCACAACUUUGUGACCCUAAAUGUAAAUGAGCACCUGCAAAGCACACCUGGUAUUAUUUUAAUGAGCUCCGUACCCAAACAAGCAAGAGGCUUGACUCCACCCUAAAAUCUGGCUGUGCAAAAUUAUAGCGUUAAUCAGCGGAAGUGGGGAUUUGGAGGUCUAUGAGUUAGUCGAAUUUGGUCAAAAUAAAAUAUAUUGCUAAUUUGCUAUGUGAGGCUUAUUUGAUCGAAUAUGCAUUUUUUUAUGUGUAGGUUCUACAAAAUGUACUCAUAAACAGUCAGGUUCACAAUUAUUGGCCCCCUUGAUAACGAUGAGCAAAAAAGACUGUAUGAACUAAAUAAUACAAAUACUGAAGCAAAAAGUGAUAUAUAUUAUUUGAAAGUAAUACAAUUGCUCAGAGAAAAAUAUUUGGUAAUAUAGUAAUAAAAAAAUCUAAAAAAGAUGAUCCCUGUUUUCAAUUAUUUCAGUACCGCACCUUGCGAGGAUAAUGGCACUGAGCAUUUUUAUCAAAUGUUUUCUGAAAUUGGAGAACACAUUGGGAGGGAUCUUAGACCAUUCCUUCAUAGAGAAUCUUUCUAGAUCCUUGAUAUCCAUCAUAUGGUAUAAUGAACUUCCCACCGGGGGCUGUGUGUUUGUUUGAGUGAGAAAGGCCUAGCAGAACCAAACAGUAAAACAUAACAUCCCCUUUAUUAUCAAUGCAUCAUGCAGUUUUUCAUGCAGACAACAUCAAAAGAGCCGUUCUAGAUUCUGAAGUCAGGAAACUUUGAGUUAGGUGGUAUCCAGACUAGAGGAAACCAGGUUUUGGCUAAAAUGUCCUGGUACUUGGUAAAGUUCAUGAUGCUGCUGACCUUAACAUGGGUCCCAGGAUCAGUGGAGGCAAAAUAGCCUCAUAACAUAAAAGAUCCACAUGUUUCAGUUUUCGACGCCAAACCUACCACUGGUGUGUGUGGCUAAUGAGCUUUAUUUUCAUGUCAUCUGACCAUAGCACCAGUUUCAAACCAAGUGCCAAUGCUGUUUAGCAUUCCAGGCGGUGCUAUGGUCAGAUGGUACGAAAAUAGAGCUCUUUGACCACACACACACUAGUGGUGGGUUUGGCAUCGAAAAAACGUAAGUAAAAUCUUUGUUAAAUUAUACAAAUUGUUUGGGGCAGAGCUCAUUAGAAUAGUUCUCAGUUUGCACAUUCACAUUUAGGUAAUUUAGCAGACGCUUUUAUUAAGAGCAACUGAGGUUGAUAAACAACCACAUAAAACAGUCAUAACAAGUCAAACGUUUAUGUAACCUUUACUGAGAAUGUAGUUGUAGUUUGGGGGCUACUUGCAGUGGUAGUUUUGGUGUUUUAGUUAGAUACAUUACUUGGCAAAAGUAUCUUUGCCCAUCUCUGUAUAUUUAUUGUUGUUUUUUAUGUCCCUUUUGUAUGGUGUUUUGGACCAAAUGACUAACUUUUUGGGGAUAAUAAUGUUAAAGAUAUGCUUUGGAACUUUGGAGACUACUAAGUAUUUUUUAAACCUCUCGCUUUGGGCUGGAGGUGUCAAUCUGUAGUUCAUACAUGCAUCAUCUAUGAGCGGAAGGACUGUCUUACCUCCAUUUAAAAGUAGUCUAUUCCUUCUACUUCUAUGAGUUGGUUAACACACUGAAAGGGUGCACACUACUAUCGGGAGUGUGUUGUCUGAACAGACAAAAAGCCAAGGUUGGUGAUUUACUGCCAUCUGCUGUUAUGGAAUCCCUUUCUCUCACGUGUAGAGUGGACACCACCAGAGGGAACUGUGGCCUUUCCUCAAUUGAAUUUGAUCAACUCCUCGCAUCAUCUCCUCCCAUCCUUUCCUCUCCUCAGUGAGGAAGCGAGGAAAGGAAACGUGGAAACAAAGGAGCUUGUAAGAAAUGAGACUCCUUCUCCGCUAGCAAAUUAUGUUUAUCGGAGUGGAAUCCAAAAAUACAUGUGUAAAGAGGUAAAAAGAAGUGCAGCUAGUAGUGCUAUACAUUUUAUAGAUAAAUGGAUAAUUAGCGGAUCAUUUUAAAAUGUGUGCAAGCACGCUUUUCUCCUCUGAGAAACAUCAGCCGUUUGCAGGAGGCUGAUUUCAAAAGUCUUCCACAGUAGGAUACACCUGAGCAUCCUCCACCAGAGGAGGCAAUUGAAGAGAGUAGGAAAAUCCUUCAUUCACCUUAUAACAAAUUGACACUCUCCUACAUAUGUCAACCUCUUUUCAGUUUCAGGGUCACUGAGGAUUUUAUCCAAUUGAGAAAAGGCCUAUGGGUCUAUCUUCCCUAUCAGUAAUCUUAAGCCCUUCCCCAUCCACUAUCCUACCUAUUCUGAUUAAGGACAUUGACGGCAGGAACGUCAUGUUUUUAGUAGUUGUAUAAAUAAAAUAGCAAGUUUCUAAUAGUGAGCAAGCACUGCGCCUGUUCGUGCUAAAAGUGAUAACCCUUUCUGCUUUACUUCCGUAUCUAGUCCCAUACUGUUUUAAUUUAAUCUACCAGAUGCCUUUUAGGAUGAUUUUUGAUUUACGAAUAUUGAUACAUUUGAAGGAUUGAUUGAUUAAGUGUCGAAAGUAAACAAAAUAUCCCAAAACUGCCUUCAUAAAUCAACUACAGCCAAGGUAGAAGGAAAAUUGUGUUAGUUUGUAUUCUGAGUAAACUAUCUCUUUAAAGAUGAUGUAGUGUGAGUUUGAAACAAUAACACUUACCCUCAGAUUCCAAGUUGUUUUUGCUAAGCAACAUUUCCAAAUGGUUUUGAAUUACUCUGCAGUAUUUUCAGGUAUCAUAAAAUUCAUUGUGUCACGCCCUGGUCGAAGUAUUUUGUGUUUUUCUUCAUUUAUUUGGUCAGGCCAGGGUGUGACAUGGGUUUUUGUAUGUGGUUUGUAGCUUAGUGGGGUUGUAGCUUAGUGGGGUGUUCUAGGAAAGUCUAUGGCUGUCUGAAGUGGUUCUCAAUCAGAGGCAGGUGGUUAUCGUUGUCUCUGAUUGGGAACCAUAUUUAGGCAGCCGUAUUCUUUGGUUGUAUUGUGGGUGAUUGUCCUGAGUGUCCUUGUUAGAUGACACGUGUAUAGGCUGUUUCGGGUGUUAUUGCGUUGUAGUGUUCCUGUUUAGUCGUGUUUUACGUUUGUUUAAAUAAAUAUGGAUCGAAAUCGA